AAAUGUGUUUAUUACCGGUGGAUCUGGUUUUAUGGGUAAAGUAUUACUUGAAAAAUUACUUAGAAGUUGUACUGGAAUUCGUACAAUUUAUUUGUUGAUGAGAGAAAAAAAGGGUGUUUCGGAAGCAGAUCGUUUAAAAGAAAUGGUGAAAAAUCCGGUAUUUGAUAGAUUAAGGGCAGAAUCACCUAAGAUAUUAAAUAAAAUAAAAAUGAUUUGUGGAAAUUGUGAAUCGCCAGGAUUAGGAUUAUCCGAAACAGAUCGUUUUAUACUCCAGAAUAACGUUAAUAUUAUAUUUCAUGUAGCAGCGUCCGUAAGAUUUGACGAUUCUCUUAAGAAAGCUAUUUUAAUGAAUACUAGAGCAACUCGCGAAGUGUUGAAUUUAGCCAAAAAAAUGGUUAAUUUAGAUGUUUUAGUUCACGUUUCCACAUCUUACGCAAAUACGUAUCAUAAAAAAAUUAUUGAUGAAAUUCCUUAUCCAUCCCGGGUGGAUUGGCGAUUAAUGAUUAAAAUGGCUGAAAAUCUAGAUGAUUCUACAAUCAAUAUUCUUCAACCAAAAAUUUUAGAAAACUACCCAAAUACGUACACAUUUACUAAAGCACUAUCUGAAGAUAUUGUCAGUGAAGAAAGUGAAAAUCUUCCAAUAGUUAUUUUUCGACCAUCUAUCGUUACUGGUGCGUAUGCUGAACCUAUAGAAGGAUGGAUUGAUAAUUUUAAUGGACCUACAGGAAUGUUGCUGGGUGGCGGACUUGGCAUUCUGCACACUGUAUAUGUUGAUGAGAAUGUAAUCCCAGAUUUUAUUCCAGUUGACACCGCAAUAAACGCGAUGAUAAUUUCUUCAUGGUAUCAAGCUUUAGCUUUUAGAGAACAGGAUAGAAAAAGCUUGGUUAUAAACGCCUGUACAUCGAACAUGACACCAGUAUCAUAUCACUCUUUGCUUGAAAAUUCACUGAAAGUUGCAAAAAUUUUUCCAUUUUAUCGUAUGAUAUGGUACCCUUUUGUAUUAAUUACUAGCAACAAAUUUAUUUAUAAUAUCAAUGUAUUACUAUUUCAUAUUAUAUUUGGAGCAAUUUUAGAUAUUCUAAUACGUUUAAAAGGAGAAAAGUUAAGUUUAAUGAAAAUUUACCGAAAAGCAUAUUUUGCCAACAAUGCAGUUUCAUAUUUCAUGUUCAAUGAAUGGCGUUUUAAAAAUGGAUAUUUCUCAUCCCUAGACAAAGUGAUUAGCAAAGAGGAUCUUAAGAUUUUUCCGGUAAUGAUGAACCAAUUAUCUUAUGAAAAGACAAUAAAAGAAAUAGUUGUAGAUUUAUUUGGAAUGAAAAAGUAUUUGUUAAAAGAAGAAGUAAAUUCCAAAAAGAUACAACAAGCUAGAACAAAUCUACAAAGAUUGUUCAUUUUACAUUGCGCUGUAAUAAGUAUAAUAUUUUUAUCGAUAAUUCUCAUUUUAUGGAUAUGUCGAAAUAGAUACCAAAUUCUGAUGUAA